AUGCCGGAUUAUCGGAGUGUGGUACUGCCCUAUAUCACCACCGUGUUCGGAGGUCUGUGCCAGGGAAGGAUGGUGUGUAUCGCGAGCACGGUGCCCAGGAGCUGCAGGAGGUACGACCGCAUCCGGUUCUGGGUGGACUUCCAGUGCGGGAGCAGUGUCCGGCCUCGGGCUGAUGUGCCCUUCCGCCUCACUGCCACCUUCGGGGCUUCCCCCUGCGUCUCCUGCUCUGCCCUGUGGAACGGACGGUGGGGACUGAGGCAGCAGUGCAGAGCCCUCUCCCUCCAGGAGGGCUGCCUCCUCCAUCUCCUCAUCCACUUCCAGGAGGACAGUGUUCUGGUGGUUGCCAACGGAAACCGGCUGCUGGAGUUCAAGUAUCGUCGACCUCGGCGGACCAUGGACACCCUGAAGGUCAUGGGUCCCGUCUUAAUCAAAGUCAUCGGCUUCAUUAACCAAGAUCCAUACCACCCUCUGCAAACCCAAUAUCCGUCGCAAGUGCCAUUUUCACUGAAGGAUCCAGCUCUGGACGUCCCACUGCUGAGUCGGAUUGAAAGUGGAUUGGCACCAGGACACAGAAUCACGAUCCGGGGCCAACUUCACGCAGACGCCCAGGAGUUCGUGCUGGUUCUGUCCGAGGACCCCCGCGGUGGGGAGGCCGGGGAGCCUCGAGAGGGAGAGGCCGGGGACGUUCCCCUCAGGAUGACGGUCGACUUCCGGCGGGACGUGCUGGUGCGUGGCUCCUGUGUGGGGCAGGUCUGGAGUCACGAGGAGGAGGAGAGGCCCCCUCCCUCCCUCCACCCAGGACGGUACUUCGAAGUAAUGGGUGUCACCGGGCCGGGCUGGGCUCCCACCUCUGCACCAGUCGGACACUGGCACCUGUCCCAUGCCACCCCCCACACUCUUCAACAUCCCUCCCAGUCCAACCCCACUCCCCCCGUCACUCCCUGAAAAUUUUAAUAACCCCACCACAAGACCAUAAGAUAUAGGAGUAGAAUUAGGCCACUCAGCCCAUCGAGUCUGUUCCACCAUUCAAUCAUUUUUUUUGACCCCAUUCUCCUGCCUUCUCCCCGUAACCCUUAACCCCCUUCCUGAUCAAUCUCUGCCUUAAACACACCCAAUGACUUGGCCUCCACAGCCCUCUGUGGCCACGAAUUCCACAGAUUCACCUCCCUCUGGCUGAAGAAAUUCCUCCUCAUCUCAGUUCUAAAGGCACAUCCCCUCAUUCUGAGGCUGUGCCCUCGGAUCCCGGACUCUCCCACUGAUGGAAACAUUCUCUCCAUGUCCGCUCUGUCCAGGCCUUUCGGUAUCUGGGAGGUCUCACUGAGAUCCCCCCCCCGUCCUUCUGAUAUCCAGGCCCAGAGACAUCAAACGCUCCUUGCAAAUUAACCCUUUCGUCCCCUCGAUCGUUCUUGUGAAAACCUCCUCUGGACCCUCUCCGGGGUCAGCACAUCCUUCGAUACGGGGCCCAAAACUGCUCAGAAAAUGCAGUCUGACCAAUGCCUCAGCAUCACAUCCUUGCUUUUAUAUUCUAGUCCUCUCGGGAUGAAUGCCAACAUUACAUUCGCCUUCCUGACUGCCGACUCAACCUGCAGGUUACCCUUCAGGGAAUCCUGCACUGGGACCCCCAGGUUUCUUUUCACCUCCCGAAUUCGCUCCCCAUCUCGAUAGUAGUCUCACUCUCUACAACCUUGAGCACCCACCCCCCAGUCUAACCCCACUCCCGCCCCCCCCCAGACUAACCCCACUCCUGCCCCCCCCAGUCUAACCCCACUCCCGCCCCCCCCAGACUAACCCCACUCCUGCCCCCCCCAGUCUAACCCCACUCCUGCCCCCCCCAGUCUAACCCCACUCCCGCCCCCCCAGUCUAACCCCACUCCCGCCCCCCCAGACUAACCCCACUCCCGCCCCCCCAGACUAACCCCAC